UGUACACAGCUCCCUCAUCAGGUCUCCCCGGGAUCGGUGUUUUGCAUCGCUCCUCGAUUUGCAUUUCUUCCUCAGAUUUUCCGUGCGACGGGUUCAGCGGGCGCUUCUUCACGGCUCUUUUUUAUAUAAAAAAAAAAAAUAUAGAGAGAUACAUACAUAUACGCGCGCCUCCAUUUCCACAGCAACAUCCAUACGCGCAAAGAGAGACAGAGAACUAGAGAAAAGGAAACAAAACAUACAAACGAAAAACAAAACAUCUGGAUUUUUAAUAUAAUGUUGCCGAAGCUCCACGAUUGGGGAAACUGAAGAGAUUUUUUUAUUCCCUGCUUUAUUUUCUCUUCUUUCUGGUGCGUACCAGCGGAGCUAGACACGUGUCCUCGGGGUAAACAGAAAGGGCUAGGUCGUGCCAGCGGAUCGCGUUGUUUCUUUCCCUCUGUUGUUGUUGUUUUUUCCCCCCUCUACUGUGUUUGUUACCGACACACCGGGCUUAAGCUUGGCUACCGCAUAUAUUGUCUAUUUCAUCCGUCGCGCCUUGGUAAAUAAGACGCAUUUUGGAGAUGUCGGAAGUGCUGCCUUUCAACGAAGAGAAAAUGAGUCAUUAUGGAAAUGAGGGCGACGAGGAACACCUUUCCUUCACCUGUCGCCUUCAAGACACCAACAACUUCUUCAACGGCUCACAGAACAAGCGUCCGCCAAAACUCGGACAAAUUGGCAGGAGCAAACGAGUUGUGAUCGAGGAUGAGAAUGGCGACGAAGCGCUGAAAAACGGAACAGAGAAGACUUCAGGAGAGGCUUAAGGCAUCCGAACCGACCGAAAGACAAUCCAGUUUUUUUUCUAUGGCGAUAUUUACCAGUUCUAACCCAAAGACACUGUAUAUAAGCACUUUCUCUCAUGUGGCAGCAAGCAAGCACUUCCACGCCCUCCUCUUCCGAGUCUGUCAUGACCAGCCGGAUGGAUGGAUGCACAAGCGCUGGCCACAGGUGGGAGGCGGCAGCAAAAAUAAGAAAACGAAAAAAAAUGGAGACCUCCAGGUGGACCCCCAUAACGCAUUUACACAAACACACCCUUGAUUACAGGGUUUUGCCAUAAAUCCAGUCACAGGAGAGGAGACUGGGAGAGGAGGCAAGUGGUGGGGAGCGAGGUGAAGGAUGGAGGCGAUGCUGUCGAAAUGCAGAAAUCAGGGACAGGAUACAGAGGUAGAUCUAUUAUAAUAAACUAAAGCACACACUUCUCCUAUAUCUUAUCAAUCAAACCUUUCUGCUCUUCGUUUUGUGACUGAGGGCAAACGAAUACCAGAGUUUUGUAAAUAUGGAAAGGGUAGCCCAUAUUUUCUUGCACAAAGGGAGAACUGGUAAUCUGGUUUUGUUCUGUGUUGACGACUUAAUUUAUUCUGGAAACCUUGGGGAAUAUGUCUUUUUGAAGUGACGUAAAGCCCGUGGGAGAUUUUCGUUCUUUUGUUGUUGUUGUUUUAUUUGCUUUUUUUUCUUUUUGUAUGUUGAGAAAAACCGAGCAAAUGAGAGUGAUGUUAUUUUUCACUUAUGGAUUCUCGAUGUUGCCUGAGUGUUUUUGUUACCAUACUUUGCAGCUAUAACAAGUCAUUUCUAAACAGCGUACUUCCCACCUGUUUGUAAGCUUACCCAGGCUUUCACCUGGAUCGAUUGAUACUGUAACUUGACUGUAAACACCCUAUUGAUAAAAAAAAACUAUUUAUAUUUCAUUGUGCAUUAUUGUGUGUGCCAAAUCUCAUGGGUUUACUGAAUACCAUUUUUUUGGUUGGUUUUUUUUUUGUGCUUAAUACAUUUACUCGAUGAUUCCAGUCGUUUCCCCUGGGGUUGCCAUUUUUAGGGCUCUUUUUGGUAAAAAAAAAAAAAAGACGAAAAAAAACACUUAAAAGUACCAACUCAUGCAUGGCGAAUAUGAAUUCAUGCAUGCAUGGCAGCAGUUCUGAAACUCUUGUGUAAUCUUGAAGCACCUCGUAUACAGCUUUGAAUGACAAAGACCUCAAGAAACAGUCUUAAUUCUUCGUUGUACUGUACGACUCUCACUGAUUUGUACAGUGGCCUAAUAUCUUGUAAUAAAGAUUAUGAUAACGUACUAUUUACUGUUAGUGUUGAUUGUGGUUUACAAUAAGGAAUGAUGUAUUUGAUGUUUCUUUUUGUUUCAUAAAAAAGGAAGAAAAAAAAAACCUUUGAAAUCUGUAGCAAAAACAUGAAAAUAUAGUUUUGUAUCAGAGAGUUAAAGAUAGUAGCAGGUAACCCGGAUUACUUUUUGGACAUGUUGCUUGGACAGUUUCUCCUGUUGUUAUUGUAUUGCCUAUCUGGCUGCCAAGGAACGGUGAAGUCAGCGUUUUUUUCCACUGUGAGAAAGUAGCAUCCCAGUCUUUGGAGGGCGAUCGGACGUGGAAGAGGCACAGGAUGAUGAGAGGAUAAUCCCACGGAGAAUCUGAGAUGCACACUUUGUCCUGCCAAGACAAAGGCGAGCUCAAACAGUUGCACAACAGACUAUGAUCUCAUUAAGUGCUACAGUUCUGCGAAAAGAUUUUUUUUUUUUUUUUUGUGGGGAUAAUGUA